AUGUCCCUCAAAAAGAUUUGCAGCAAAAGGCUGAAACGCUUGCAGCCUUUGGCUGAAACGCUGGCAAGUGUGGGGCGGAGGGGGGAUUUCGAAGAACCUGAGGCAGACAUUUUAGGACUGCGGCUGGGCAGUGGGACAGAGUUUUCAGGAGGAACUGUCACAGGGAGGCUCUGCACCAGGGAAAACCAGCUUUGCGUGCUCACUGGCAGGAAAGCCAACAGCAAGCGGCUCAGAUUCGGGACAGUUAACACGUGCCAGAAGCGAGGGACCACCCCUCCCGAGGGCGGCCUGCGAGCGGCCGGACGGGACGGCAGCGCCCCCAGCUGCGAGAGCGGCGGGCAACUUCUUCAUCGCACGACCACCGUCCAGCCCGGACCGCGGCCGCCGGGGCGCGGCACCCGGGACGUCUGGCGGAGAUCUUCAGAUUUCCUGUUUAAGUUCUUGGUCAUAGGAAAUGCUGGAACUGGAAAAUCCUGUUUACUACAUCAAUUUAUUGAAAAGAAAUUCAAAGAUGACUCAAAUCAUACUAUAGGAGUGGAAUUUGGUUCAAAGAUCGUAAAUGUUGGUGGUAAAUAUGUAAAAUUGCAGAUAUGGGAUACAGCAGGACAAGAGAGAUUCAGGUCUGUAACAAGGAGUUACUAUAGAGGAGCUGCAGGUGCUUUGCUUGUCUAUGAUAUAACCAGCCGGGAAACCUACAAUGCACUUACUAAUUGGUUGACGGAUGCAAGAAUGUUAGCAAGUCAAAAUAUUGUGAUAAUUCUGUGUGGAAACAAAAAGGAUCUUGAUGCAGAUCGUGAAGUUACUUUUUUAGAAGCAUCCCGGUUUGCACAAGAAAAUGAGCUGAUGUUCUUGGAAACAAGUGCACUAACGGGCGAAAAUGUUGAAGAGGCCUUUGUACAGUGUGCAAGAAAAAUACUCAAUAAAAUUGAAUCAGGAGAAUUGGAUCCUGAAAGAAUGGGCUCAGGUAUUCAGUAUGGAGAUGCUGCCUUGAGACAGCUGAGAUCACCACGUAGAGCACAAGCACAAAGUGCUCAAGAAUGUGGGUGUUAAAGAAACAAAACACAAAAUCCCGAAUACUCACUUUACAUACAAAAGCUGUCUUUGCAAAUGGUGUUUGAAGAAACAGAAAAGCUUGAAGGCUAUGCAGUUUUUAGAAACAUCUUUCCAGUAUCUACAGACAGAGCAGACCACUGCUGACAGAAAGGUGUACUGUGUGCUGUGGGGCAGGAAUGUUCACGUGACACAAAAGUCUGCAAAGCAAACUUGAUAAUUCGGUGGACGAUAUUAAGACUCAUACCUGUAUGUAAACAUUUUCCAUUACCUAUUUUUGUUCUUUCACCUCUAGUUUAAAGCAUUGCUAUAUACUGUAAAUAAUGUAACAGUAAACUUACAAAGCAUGGUAUACUUACGUAUGCUGAUAGAGUGUUGCACUACAAGCGGUUUAAUAUUUUAUUUUUUUAUCAUAUAAACAAAUUUAACUGAGGUAGGCUUUGUCAUGUUUGUU